UCAUGUGUUGCCAAAUCAACUUUUGUUUUUGGGCUUCACUGUCAGAAAAUGAAGCAUAAAACAAAAAUGUGUAAACCAUUGCCAGGACAGCGAAAUCAUGUUGCGAAAUUCUCACAAAUAAGUGAUUGGUCGUUGCAUUUUCCUUGACAUUAAUGCCUAGUGAAUCCCAACCUCGUCACUUUGCAAGAUCAUUGUUCGAUGCAGAGUUCGACCGGCAUGAAGUUCCCGAAAUCCCUGAUUAAAGUGUUGAUGUUGGCCCUGAUUGGGGUUAAUCGAAGAUGGACGUUGGCCCUCAUUGUGAGGGGAACAACCCUCGGGCCUGACUUUGUUCGUAUUAUGGGCGCAGUUGCCAAGCCUUGUCCAAUCCAAUUUCCGGCGGCCUUUGACAGUGGGAGCAAGUGUUGCAAAAGCUUCUCCGUAGCUGAUCGAGUUACUGCUUUGGAAUUUGAGGAUUCGGAGUCGACGUGUACCAACAACGAUUGGAUCGCUUGCCCGACAAGGCACAUGCCUUGUAUUUCCCAUUUCAAACCCUAUAUCUGCCCUAUUUACGCCUCUGUGGGAUUAGAUCAAGGGUGCUGCACCGCUUCAGUGACACGUUGGGCGGAAAAGGAAACUCCACCUUGUCGAGGAGUUAAGAUCUCGAUGGACACGCCCUCUUCAUGUUGUCCCACCGAGGCGUUCAUCUAUGUGGAGGCUUGCGCUCAGAAUCGUCGAAAAUGUCUAAACUAUGGGCCAUUGCCUCAUGUGGUGAAACCAAUCCAACCAAUUGUGUUGGAAGAGGAAUCAUGGGAGGGAUAUAAUGCGUCAUUUGCAUUGAUUGACUCGCUUUGUGAUAUUAAGCACCUCACGUAUUGGAUAUCAAAGCCUCGAGUUGGCCAUUUCGUAUUCGAUUUGGGUUACCAUCUCAUCCCUCACAAGCUAACUUUGAGAAAUUCUCGUCACGAUGAGAAAAAUCGUAGGGCUGUUCAAGAUUUCACCUUUUCUGGAUCUGGGAUUGAGGCGCCAUAUGAUUGGGUUCAAUUGGCAACUGGUCGCUUAGAAAAUCCAAUGAGUCCUGAAGUACCCUUUUGUGGCGUUCCAUUGACCUUUUUUCCGAUUAAAACCGACUUCAACUUGAGAUAUUUCAGAUUUGAUAUAGACACUUAUUAUAACCACGGAGGUGCGCUUAACUACAUCACAGUCGAAUAGCCGGAGACUUAGCUGCCACUCGCACAUAUUAUGUCUUUGCCAUUUCACGCACAAUCGUUUGAAACUUAUUCG